AUGAAGUCAUUGCUACUGUUAUCUCUACCGCUGGUCGGUCGACACUACGUCGACGCUGUACAAGUGAGCGUGUGUGCCGACGCCACGUAUGACUUGGCAUCGAGUCGCGGCGUGGUGUGUGCCGGCAGUGCCGACGCUCCGGCAGGUACUGCCUGCCCGUUGAAAGGCGACGCGGCCGUCGCUGACUGUCGCGCGUAUCUGCCGUCUUUUACCGUGGGUGAAGGCUGUGUGGCGCCUGAAGAUGCCGAGUGCCGGAUCGUCUCCGGGUCGACGUGGGGCUGUGUGCUGCCGUCUAUCGGCUGCACCGAUCCGCCUACCGAACCAGGGUGUCCGACGUGGAGCGUGGACGGGAAGGACGAGGCCGUAGACAUCGACAGUAGCUAUUUAUUCGACGGAAACGAGGACUAUGACGAGAGUUGGUUCGUGCAGACGUCGGCAGUGAGAGAACUCUUCGAUUGCGGGGAGAAGCCCCCGGCGGCACCGACUGAAGCGGCAACGGUUGCGCCGACUCCGACACCUGAACCUAGUACGCCGGCACCUACGGCCGCUCCAACGACGCAAGCGCCUGUACCGCAGACCACAGCACCCGUCACUCCAGAGCCAACCACAGAGGCUCCAGUGCCAGAGACUACUGCACCGCCAACCCCAGAGCCCACCACGCCCGAGCCAACAACGCCUUCUCCGACGCCGGCACCUUCAACACCUGAACCCAAGACACCUUGUCCAGCCGAUCCAUCGACUCCGCCAGCAACGACGCCGUGUCCAGAUCCGACAGAGCCUACGACGCCAUCCCCGACAACGCCCGAGCCAACAACGCCUCCUCCGACGCCGGCGCCUUCAACACCUGAGCCGACCACGCUGUGCCCAACGACACCAGAACCGACCAAUCCGUACACCCCGUGCCCGCCUACAACGGAACCAAUUACUCCAGAACCCACGCCGGCAACUUCGAUUACACCAUGCCCGAGCACUACAGAGCCUGCAACACCUGAACUGACGACACCUUGCCCAACCGAGCCGGCCACUCCGCCUGCAACGACGCCGUAUUCAGAUCCGACAGAGCCUGCCACGCCUUGCCCAACAACACCACCUCCAAGCACGACCGAGCCACUAACACCACCUCCGAGCACGACCGAACCAGCGACGCCCUGUCCGAGUACCACCGAGCCAGCGACGCCACCUCCGACCACGCCGUGCACCACACCGUCACCGACAUCAAUGCCGACUCAGCAGUACCCGUCGCCGUCGGAGGCCGACAUACCAACCGAAGCUACACCACUUCCGGAAGUCACCACCGUCACGCCCUCACAACCGCAGUCCGCAUCCACCUCACCGGAAAACCAAGGCGUUUCGUUCGCAACGACAUCAACAAGCACAUCCAGCACUCCUCACGAAAAGUCUACCGGCACUACGUCACUCGCAGUCACCGUCGCCUUCGGUGCCGUCGCAGUCGUCGUCGCUGCUCUGCUGUAUAAGCAGACACGCACCUCCCGACGUUCCAGCGUAGACUUCGCCAUGCACGCCGUCAUCACUCCAGUCUAG